AUGGCCUCCAUUGCGACCCAUAUUGAUGCUCAGCUCUUGGUUGGAAAUUCAUAUCCUUUUUGUCCCAACCCAAUGGUUGGUGUCACACUCACAGCUGGCCAACAACCGAAUGAAGCAUUCUAUACUCCGCCACAUUUAGAUUCGAAUUUCUCCUACCUUCAUGACCACACAAUCAUGACUACUGCCACCGACUCAUUUUCUAGAAGUCCGCAAAAUGUUUUCACCUCGGCUUUUUCUUCUUGCUCCUCCGCUUUAUCCUCUUCAUCACCAUCGUCGACUUCCUCCUCUUCGUCUUCCGCCACACCAUUUGCCUCGUCUUUUUUGCCAUCCUCUUUCUCUUUAGGAUCAUCAUUGAGUGCUCCUGAUACAAGUUUAGCGCCAAACUUUGCUUCGGCCUCGUGCUCUGCUCCCUCCUCUGCUUCCUCGUCUUCUAGCGUUUCUUCCUCUUGCUCUUCCUCUUCAUUGGCUGCUUUUUCCUCGCCCAUUGAGUUCUACAACGCAACCAUCUAUCCUCCCCCUCUUCAGCUAUCCGAUCACGAUCCGGGAAUCAUCUUCCAGCCGGAAUCUACCGAACCUGAUCAGGGCAGAGUCAAAAAGCCCGAAAUCGCCGGUUGCUCACUUGUCCAACCGGGCAAAAUCUCGGCAAGCAUUUCAACUGAAAAUCGGCAUGCCCACACAAUUGCUAGCAGUUACCUGGGCGCCCUCGACAGCCUGGGUCAUACAUGCGACCGACUGGUGGCCACGGCAGUCGGAAGUUCUACAACUUCAAGCUUGACUCGGCAGGAUUAUGAUUUGGACUUAGAUCGUAGGGUUGGCCCGACCUAUACGGAGAGGUCGGCCACACUAUCUUCAUCUUCAUCUUCGUCUUUGUCUUCUCUGCCCAAUCAUGCCACGACAGGCUUCUAUGCUCUGGGAAAACUGGCAAGUACGGAAACGCGCUCCUCCAAGGCACUUCAGCAGCAUCAGCAUCAG